CUUGUCGCUCCGUCUUCUCAACAGAGACACGCCCCGUCGUGGUGCAAUCGGGUCUGGGGAAUAUUACUGAAAAAAAAGCGAGCUUUUCCAGCGUUCCUCUAAGUCUGGCUUUCGGGGUCUAUUUUUAGAGGCGUUCACUCCAUUUAUGGCUCAGGCAAACAAAUUCGAUGGUAACCUCACAAUCCUUUAAUCCCGCUCAUCGGAUUUAAUAAUCUUGUGAGCCCGGCGUUCAUCUUCUUUCCCUGCAGCGCUUCUCCUGCCUGCGCGUAUGUCCGCCAGACGCCGAGUUUUUUUCCAGGGCGGUUCUAGGCAGAGAUCGGAUCCGAAGACCCCUGUUGUUGACUUCGCCCCGCGCCUGGAGUCGCCUCCCAAGGCGCUUUUGUGAGGGAACAGCCUCCUUUUGGAGCAAGCAGUAGCGAAAAAAAGACGGUGCCGAUUUUUCCCGCUCCUCCAGAAAAGCCGUCGGGGAAAGUUGUCCAGUGGGUGUUCUGCGAGGGGUCGACGUAGCAAUUUCAAGGUCGGCCGACGUGCGGGUGGCUCCUUCCUUCCUACAUAGCUCCUCCAGGCGCCCGUAAACCGUAUCCUCCGGCCGCCCGCCCGCCCUCAGGAUGGUGGACUUGUUCAGCGGGCGGACCCUCGUAAACCUGGAGGGCAGCUCCGUGGACCCAGAGCAAGCGUUAGAAAACAAAAUCGUGGGCUUGUACUUUUCGGCCGCCUGGUGCUCCCUCUGCAGGGACUUCACUCCCAUUCUGUGCGAUUUCUACAGCAAAUUGAUGGAGGUCGUCCCUCAUCCGGCCCCUUUCCAGAUCGUGUUCAUCUCGUCCGACCGCAGCUGCGAAGAGAUGGCGAGCUAUAUGUACAAGAUGGACCCGGGCUGGCUGGCCUUGCCCUUCCACGACCCCUUUAAGCAUGAAUUGAAGAAGAAAUACAACAUAACAGCCAUUCCCAAACUUGUGAUUGUUAAACAAACUGGAGAAGUCAUUACAGAUAAAGGGAGAAAACAGAUUCGUGAGAGAGGGCUCAACUGCUUCCAGAACUGGCUUGAAGGGGCUGAUAUCUUUCAGAAUUUUUGUAGCUGAACAAUUUGCAGACUUAAACAAAACAAGAUCUUUGCUACACUGUUUUUACCUACAACUAGCCUAAGAGGGGAAAUCACAUUCUCUUUUUUUAAUGUUGAUUUGCUUAAUUUUGAAUUCUACAUGGCUGGAAUAAUUAAACAUAUCUGAGCCUUCUAUAAA